UAGGUAGAGGGAGUAUUGAUGAAGUAGAGUUAAUGAAUUUUCCUCGGUAGGACCGUCUCUUGAACGCUGAUCACGCACGUCUCAAAUCAAAACACUAACAAACGACACUAUCUCUGUCAUCUACUGAAUUUCACUUCCAUAUUACCAAACUUUGGUACCACUUUUCAUUUUCCUCAGCUUAUCAUCUUCAACAUGAACUCCAUGUUAAUUGCUGCAAUUUUCCUCGCACUCUUCGCCAUCACCUUCACCUUACUCAUCCCAAAAAACCUCUUCACACCGGUUCACAUUCCUGGAUCCAAGGACCAUCUCCAUGCUGCUCGGUUACUCCAUGUUACAGGAGCCGUUGGCCCGGAGAGUCUUGUGUUUGAUAGUAAGGGUGAAGGACCGUAUACUGGCGUUGCUGAUGGUCGGAUUUUGAAGUGGGAAGGCGAGGAACGUGGUUGGACUGAAUUUGCCGUCACAAGUUCUAAUAGGUCGGACUGUAUACGUCCAUUUGCACCAGAAUUAGAGCAUGUUUGUGGCAGGCCACUAGGACUAAAGUUUGAUAAGAAAAAUGGAGAUCUGUACAUUGCUGAUUCCUACCUUGGCCUCAAAGUAGUAGGACCUGCAGGGGGUUUGGCCACGGAUGUUGCAACAGAAGCUGAAGGACAGCCCUUUCGCUUCACCAAUGACAUGGACAUCAGUGAAGAUGAAGAUGUGAUUUACUUCACUGAUUCAAGCACAGCAUACCAGAGAAGGCAAUUUAUGCUUAUACUUCUUAGUGGAGACAAGACUGGGCGGUUAAUGAAAUACGACAAGUCAACGAAAGAAGUGAAGGUCUUAUUACGUGACCUUGCUUUUCCCAACGGUGUAGCUUUAAGCAAAGAUGGUUCAUUUCUUCUGGUAGCUGAAACCUCAACUCACAGGAUUCUGAGGCUUUGGCUUCAUGGUCCUAACGCCGGCCAAGUCGAUACAUUCGCUGUUGUUCCAGGUUUUCCGGACAAUAUAAGGAGAAAUUCAGAAGGGCAGUUCUGGGUAGCUUUACAUGCCAAAGAAACUCCUUUUGCAAAGUGGAUUUAUUCAAAUCUAUGGGCAGGUAAAGCAUUGUUAAAGCUUGGAAAUUUCAAGCAGUUGCAUGCGUCGGUAGCGAAGAAGCCUCAUGCUGCGGCUAUAAAGUUGAGUGAUAAAGGGGAAAUAUUAGAAGUCUUGGAAGAUUGUGAAGGGAAGACCUUGAAGUUCAUCAGCGAAGUAGAAGAGAGAGAUGGAAAACUUUGGAUUGCAUCAGUGUUAAUGCCUUAUAUUGGUGUUUAUAGUUUAUGAGAAUGCAAUGUAGGUAAGAUGGUAUUUGAAUUACUCAUAUACUUAGAUUGAAUUAACUUAAGAGCAUGUCAUCAAAUCGAGAUUUAAAUUGCGAGUUGAAAUACCUACUUUUCGAAUUGCAAA